AUGGCGGCGAUCGAGGACUUGUCGGAGCUUGCCGACUCGAUGCGCCAAGCGGCGGCGCUUCUCGCCGACGAAGACGUUGACGACGCCAACGCUUCUCGAAGACCUUCCACUUUCCUCAACGUCGUUGCACUCGGCAAUGUUGGUGCUGGAAAAUCCGCAGUCCUCAACAGUUUGAUUGGACAUCCCGUUUUGCCUACCGGUGAGAACGGAGCUACUCGGGCUCCUAUAUGCAUUGAUCUGCAGCGAGACACUUCGUUGAGCAGCAAAUCCAUUAUUUUGCAGAUUGACAACAAGUCCCAGCAAGUCUCUGCAAGUGCUUUGAGACACUCGUUGCAGGAUAGACUGAGUAAGGGUUCCUCAGGCAGGAGUCGAGAUCAAAUUUAUUUGAAGCUACGCACGAGUACAGCACCACCUCUUAAAUUGGUUGAUUUACCUGGGUUGGAUCAGCGCAUUAUGGAUGAAUCAACGGUUAGUGAAUAUGCGGAGCAUAAUGAUGCCAUUUUGCUAGUUAUUGUACCUGCAGCUCAAGCACCAGAAAUUGCUUCAUCUCGAGCCCUAAGAUACACAAAGGAGUAUGAUGCAGAAGGUACCAGAACAGUUGGUAUUAUUAGUAAAAUAGAUCAAGCUGCAACAGACCAAAAAGCACUGGCUGCAGUACAAGCUCUCUUAUUGAAUCAGGGUCCUGCCAAAACAUCAGAUAUUCCUUGGGUUGCAUUGAUUGGUCAAUCAGUUUCAAUAGCUACAGCACAGUCUGGAUCUGCUGGUUCUGAAAGUUCUUUAGAAACUGCAUGGAGAGCAGAGAGUGAAAGCCUCAAGUCCAUAUUGACAGGAGCUCCUCAAAGUAAGCUUGGAAGGAUUGCUUUAGUGGAUGCCCUGGCACAGCAGAUUCAGAAUCGCAUGAAGCUUCGGCUUCCUAACCUUCUUUCUGGGUUACAAGGGAAGUCUCAGAUAGUUCAGGAUGAAUUGGCAAGGCUUGGAGAGUCAAUGGUCACGACUUCAGAGGGUACGCGUGCUAUAGCCUUGGAACUUUGCCGGGAAUUUGAGGAUAAAUUCCUGCAGCACAUUACCACUGGCGAGGGAUCUGGUUGGAAAAUUGUUUCCUGUUUUGAGGGGAGAUUUCCUGAUAGAAUGAAACAAUUACCUUUAGAUAGGCAUUUUGAUAUCAACAAUGUAAAGAGGAUUGUGUUAGAAGCAGAUGGUUAUCAGCCUUAUCUUAUUUCCCCUGAAAAGGGAUUGAGAUCUCUAAUCAAAGGUGUUCUAGAGCUUGCGAAAGAACCAUCACGUCUUUGUGUUGAAGAGGUACAUCGUGUCCUGAUAGAUAUUGUUUCAUCUGCUGCCAAUGCUACACCUGGUUUAGGAAGAUACCCACCUUUCAAGAGAGAGGUUGUGGCUCUUGCAACUGCUGCACUAGAAGGGUUUAAAAAUGAAUCAAAGAAAAUGGUGGUUGCUCUAGUUGAUAUGGAGCGUGCUUUUGUCCCACCCCAACACUUCAUCCGCUUGGUACAAAGGAGGAUGGAAAGGCAACGUCGAGAGGAGGAACUGAAAGGCCGAUCCUCAAAGAAAGGGCAAGAUGCUGAACAAUCUAUGCUUAACCGGGCCACUAGUCCCCAAACUGGUGGAAGCAUGAAAUCAAUGAAGGAGGAGAAGAAAGAUAAGGAAAAGGACAAAUCAGGUCAGGCAGAGAAAGAAGGGCAAGAUGGCUCAGGUUUAAAGGUUGCUGGUCCUGAAGGAGAAAUUACAGCAGGUUUUUUGUUAAAGAAAAGUGCAAAAACUAAUGGUUGGAGCAGGCGAUGGUUUGUGCUAAAUGAGAAGACAGGAAAGCUUGGGUACACCAAAAAACAAGAGGAAAGACAUUUUCGCGGUGUUAUUACAUUAGAGGAAUGUAACAUUGAAGAGGUUGCGGAUGAAGAGGAUCCUCCAUCCAAAAGCUCAAAGGACAAGAAGUCAAAUGGGCCUGAUUCUGGCAAAGUCAACCUUGUAUUUAAAAUUACCAGUAGAGUUCCUUAUAAAACUGUUCUGAAAGCACACAGUGCUGUUGUUUUGAAGGCUGAGAGUGCAGCUGAUAAGGUCGAAUGGAUUAAUAAGAUAAGUAAUGUUAUAAAAGCAAAGGGAGGACAGAUAAGGAUCUCAUCUGAAGGGGGCUCUACCAUGAGGCAUAGCCUCUCUGAUGGUUCCUUGGAUACAAUGGCUCGAAGACCUGCUGAUCCUGAGGAAGAACUCCGAUGGAUGUCACAAGAAGUUCGUGGAUACGUUGAAGCAGUUCUAAAUAGUUUAGCUGCUAAUGUACCAAAGGCAGUUGUUCUUUGUCAAGUUGAAAAAGCUAAGGAAGACAUGCUGAAUCAAUUAUAUAGCUCUGUCAGUGCUCAAAGCACUGCUAAGAUUGAAGAGUUGCUUCUAGAAGAUCAAAAUGUUAAGCGCAGAAGAGAGCGUUACCAGAAACAAUCCUCACUUCUGUCGAAAUUGACACGACAACUGAGUAUUCAUGACAACCGAGCAGCUGCUGCAUCUGGCUGGUCAAAUGGUAGUGCAGAGAGUAGCCCAAGAAGCAGUGCCAGUGGACCAGGUGAUGACUGGAGAUCCGCCUUUGAUGCAGCUGCCAAUGGCCCUAUAAGUCGAAGUGGUUCAUCAAGAUCGGGAUCCAAUGGUCACAGUCGACAUUACAGUGAUCCUGCACAAAAUGGUGACGUGAACUCUGGUUCAAACUCCGGCAGCCGUCGGACCCCUAAUCGGCUACCUCCUGCUCCUCCGGGUUCUUCGGGUUACAAAUAUUAACAGGUGAUCGCCUGACAGUUAAUGAUGUUUUGAUACAUUUUUGGAGGGUGAGGCUGCUCCCGCCCCAUUUUCAUACCUUUGAGGAUACGGUCAUCCCCAAUUCUUUGUUUCUGCCGGUAUAUGUAGGUGAGGAAAUGUUUGUGUAAAUACAAGACAAUAGUUUAUCAUUAGUAUAUGUUUUCCGGGCAUUCGUCUCAUUAUCCGGAAGUUUGGUAUCAAGGUGGACUGGAAUACAUUUAUAAUGCUUUGCUAUUCAAUAUUCUUUUUUUACUUUUAUAGCUUUUAAUGUUUCCCUUUUUGUCUAGAAUUUGCACUCUUUUCUUGGAUGCAACCGAUGUAUCUUGUUUUGUAAUGAUUGAAAUAAUACAACAUUGCUGAUGAGUUUACUUGACUAACAUUUGCUGUAUGUUAA